AUGUAUAUCAGCCCCAUCAGCCUCUUCCCAGAACCAAAACACGUCAAGGAAAUGGAUCACGAUCACGAUCACGAUCACGGUCACAUGCACAUGUCGCCACCGCCAGCGAACUCCACCGGGAUGCCACCCAUGCACCACAUGGAGAUGAUGAUGCACAUGACAUUCUACUGGGGGAAGAAAGCCGAGAUUCUCUUCUCUGGCUGGCCCGGAACACGCAGCGGCAUGUACGCGUUAGCCUUGAUCGUCGUCUUCGUUAUGGCCAUCAUCGUGGAGUGGCUUUCCCAUUUCCAGCUGAUCAAGCCUGGGUCGACCCAUGUAGCCGCAGGGGUGGUUCAGACGCUGCUGCACGCUAUUCGGAUGGGUCUGGAGUAUAUGGUGAUGCUGGCUUUGAUGUCCUUCAAUGGCGGAAUGUUUCUGGUGGCGGUGGCCGGACACGCAGUGGGGUUUUUGGUUUUUGGGAGUAGGCUUUUCAGGGGGAGUGAAACGUUGCGGCCGUCGGAGAAGGCCUUUUAUCUUUCUCCAAUGAGUUGCUGA